UAGAUUCUCACCGAAAGCUCCAAAGGAGCUUGCCAAGAAGUUGCUCGAACUUUUCCUUCUUUUUGUAUUUGUUUUUCCUUUCCCAAUAAAUAAUUGUGCAAAGCUGCAUCUGCUCCUCCAUUUAAAGAGAGUGGACGUCUUAUCUCUAUCAAAAUUGCAUACACUUAUCUUCAAUUCAAUGGCAUUCAGUUCACCUUCUUCUUCGUCUUCUCCUCCUUCCACCCACAAAUGGCAUGUAUUCUUGAGUUUUAGAGGAGAUACUCGCAAUAAUUUUACUGCCCAUCUAUACCCUGCUCUAUGUCAAAGGGGAAUCAAAACUUAUAGAGAUGACAAAGAUCUUGAAGGAGGAGAGCCAAUUUCACCUACACUUCUCAAAGCCAUUGAAGAGUCAAUGAGUUCUAUUAUUAUAUUAUCUCCAGACUAUGCAUCCUCUACAUGGUGUUUGGAGGAGUUAACGAAGAUCCUUGAGUGUAAGAAAACAAAACAACAGUUUGUUCUGCCAGUAUUUUACCAUGUAGAUCCGUCAGAAGUCCGAAAACAAGAAGGAAGUUUUGGAAAAGCAUUAGCUAAACAUCAAGAGAGGUUCAAUAAAGAUCCGAAGGUGCAGAGGUGGAAGGAAGCCCUACAAGAGGUUGGCAGUUUGGCUGGAAAACAUUUGGAAGACGGGAAUGAAUAUGAAUUUAUGCAUAAAAUCAUUCAAUGGGUGGACUCAAAAAUAGUUAAAUCUACAUACAAGUUAGACAUUGCUGAAUAUCCAAUUGGACUAGAGUCUCAUCUAAAAGACUUGAAUACUAAAUUAAGAAUUGGAAGGAAUGACAUUACACUUGUGAUAGGGAUUUAUGGAAUUGGGGGAGUUGGUAAAACAACUAUUGCCAAAGCUUUCUUUAACUCAAUUGGAAACCAAUUUGAAGCUAGAUGUUUUCUAGAAAAUGUUAGAGAGAUUUCUUGUCAAGUGAACGGUCUGGUCAAACUGCAAGAAAAACUUCUUCGUAAGCUGUUAGGAAAUUCUGGAAGUUUUGAUAUUGGCAGUGUUGGAGGUACUAAUGAUAUAAAGGAUAGGCUUUGCUCUAAAAAGAUACUUCUAAUUCUUGAUGAUGUGAAUGAGUUGAGCCAAUUACAAGGAUUAGCUGGAGAUAAAAAUUGGUUUGGUCCAGGAAGCAGAAUAGUAAUAACAACAAGAGAUCAACGUCCACUAACUUGUCAUAAUCAAGUUGAUUCAACAUACGAAGUGCAGGGAUUGGAUGACAACCAAGCUAUUCAGCUAUUUAGUUGUCAUGCAUUUAAAAGUGACAGGCCAGUUGAAAGUUAUGUAGAACUCACAAAACGUAUAAUAGAUUAUGCUAAGGGCCUUCCACUAGCUCUUACAGUGCUUGGUUCAGCUUUGUAUAAUAGAAAUAUAGAACAAUGGAAAAGUGAAUUGGAAAAGUAUGAAAUAAGUCCUCACAAGGAUAUUUAUGAAAUUCUUAAAAUAAGCUAUGACGGACUGGAUGAUAAUGAAAAGGAUAUUUUCCUUGACAUUGCAUGUUUCUUCAAGGGGAAGUCUGUUGAAUAUGUCAUGAAAAUACUAGACAGUUGUCGUUUUUCAUCAUCUAGUGGCAUUCCAAAGCUUCAAGAAAAGUGUCUCAUCAAUAUUAAUCAUGAUGAUCAUUGUGUGGAGAUGCAUGACUUGUUGCAAGAAAUGGGUAAAGAAAUUGUUCGACAAGAAUCACCUAAAAAAGCUGGCAAACGUAGUAGAUUGUGGCUUCAUGAAGAUGUUCGGCGUGUAUUAGAAGCAAAUACGGCAACAGACAAAAUUGAAGCGAUGUUGUUAGAUUUUCCUGUAGGCCAUGACAAGAUAGACUUGCAUCCCGAUGCAUUUGGGAAGAUGAGCAAUCUUCGAUUGUUUAUAAACGAGAAUGCACAAUUUUCUACAGGACCAAACUAUCUCUCUAAUCAGAUAAGAUUGCUUUAUUGGCCUCACUAUCCUUCCUCAUCUUUGCCUUCUAAUUUUCGUGGAGAUAAUCUCGUUGAAUUUCAAAUGUCUCAUAGCCUCGUCAAGGAGUUAGACGGCCUAAAAUUCAAGAACUUGACUGAUAUGCAAUUAUGGAGAUGUGAAUUCAUAACAAGAAUUCCUGAUCUUUCAAGUAGCCCAAAUUUAAAGAAUUUGGAUCUUGAAGAGUGUAGUAACUUAGUUGAGGUUCAUGAUUCCGUUGGAUUACUUGAUAAGCUUGAGUAUUUUAAUGUUGAGGGAUGCUGCAAGCUUAGGAUUUUGCCGAAAAGAUUCAAGUUGAGAUCUCUAAGUAAUUUUGAUUUUGCUCAUUGCUUAAGUCUUGAAGACUUUCCAGAGAUUGAAUGUGAAAUGGAAUUUUUACGAAGUUUACUUCUUUUUGGCACUAGCAUAAAAGAACUACCUUCAUCAAUUAAGAACCUCAAAGGACUUCAAUUCUUCCAUGUAGAAGGCUUCAUUUAUCAGUUGGGAAGUGUACCCAUUUUUAAUGAUGCAGGUUCCUCCUCAAGCUCGAUUUGGAAAUCGCUACAACAUUUAUAUCUUAAAUACUGUUGCCUGUCAGAAUCAAAUUUCUUCACGUAUGUUAAUUACUUCCCCGCUUUGGAGAAAUUAGAUCUAAGUGGGAGUGAUAUUGUUAUCUUUCCACCUCAUCAAGGCGUCAGAUUUCCUAAGUUGCGAUACCUUUGUUUGAACAAUUGCAAGGAACUUAAAGAAGUUUUUUUACCUCUUCCAUCGAGUAUAAGAGAUGUGCGUAUAGGAAGGGUUUGCAGCAUUUUCGAAGUCAGCAUUGUCGAAGUCGACGGUUAUUCACAACCAAUUAUAAACAUUGGAAAGGUGGAGAAGGAGAAUGGUAUACAAUCCACGUCAUCUAUUGUGUCUACAGGCGAAUAUGAAAUUGCAUCAACUACUCCGACAAAUUCAAGCAUUUUUAAUGAUGCAGGUUCCUCCUCAAGCUCGAUUUGGGAAUCGCUAGAAUAUUUAUAUCUUCAAUACUGUUGCCUGUCAGAAUCAAAUUUUUUCACGUAUGUUAAUUACUUCCCCGCUUUGGAGAGCUUAGAUCUAAGUGGGAGUGAUAUUGUUAUCUUUCCACCUCAUCAAGGCGUCAGAUUUCCUAAGUUGAAACACCUUUAUUUGAACGAGUGCAAGGAACUUAAAGAAGUUUUUUUACCUCUUCCAUCGAGUAUAAGAAGUGUGAGUAUAAGAAGGGUUUGCAGCAUUGUCAAAGGCAGUAUUGUCGAAGUCGACGGUUAUUCACAACCAAUUAUAAACAUUGGAAAGGUGGAGGAGGAGGAUGGUAUACAAUCCACGUCAUCUAUUGUGUCUACAGGCGAAUAUGAAAUUGCAUCAACUACUCCGACAAAUUCAAGCAUUUUUAAUGAUGCAGGUUCCUCCUCAAGCGCGAUUUGGAAAUCGCUACAAGAAUUAUAUCUUGAAUACUGUUGCCUGUCAGAAUCAAAUUUCUUCACGUAUGUUAAUUACUUCCCCGCUUUGGAGAAAUUAGAUCUAAGUGGGAGUGAUAUUGUUAUCUUUCCACCUCAUCAAUACUGCAUAUUUCCUAAGUUGCGAGACCUUUGUUUGAACAAUUGCAAGGAACUUAAAGAAGUUUUUUUACCUCUUACUUUACCUCUUACUUUACCUCGUCCACCGAGUGUAAGGAGUAAAAUAAGCUUUUGCAGAGUUUGCAGAGUUUGCGCUCGUGGAUGCACGUCAUUGGAAAGAUUUGCACUACCAUCUAAAAUGCUAACUAACAACAAUGGAAGGGAUUUUUCUAUCAACCUAGACAUUGAUUUGUACGGAUGCCAUAAACUGCUUGUGAUUCCUUCAUGGGAAGAGGGAUUUCAAAGUUUGGCAUACCCAGCACUUGAUCCACGAAGUGGUAUUAGCAUUAUAUUACCAGGAAUGAAGAUUCCAAGCUGGUUCAGCUAUCGCAUGGAGGCCCGUGAUAGUAAUCUGUGUGAAAUAGAUAUUAAUCCACCGCAUCAUUGGAAUGGCAUAGAUGAAAUUCUUGUGAUCUCUGUUGUUUUUGGAUUCAGAUCAGUUGGGAUCAAUGAGCCAAGAAUGGAGAUGGAUUCUUUUUUUUUGAUGAAUAGAAUGGAGAUGGAUUCUACAAUUGAUGUUCAAAUCCUUGAUGGCUCGGAUUGGAGGAACUUACAGCGUCGUAUAUUUAUGGGCUUUCAUCGGACGGACUUCUCAGACCAUUUAUGGAUGCAGGGGAUACUCUAUUACAGAAAACAAGUGGACGUUUCAAGGAUUAGAUUUAAAUGUCAGUCAAAGGUCGUGGUCUUUAAAAGUGUUGGGAUCCAUUUCCAAAAGAUGCAUGAAGAGAACUAUUCCAGUAGUGAAGAAGCCAGUAGUGAUGAAAAAGGUGACAGAUGUCUUGAUUUAAUGGAUGAAAAAAGGCCGGAUUCUUCAACCAUGGGCAUCACAAUAACGGAAUUAGAGAAUGAAGAUGAGUAUCCAAAGGAAGAUAUGGAUUUAGAGCUUAAACUUGGUUACCCUUUUUCGGAAUUGGAGAAUGACGAUGAGAAUCCAAAUGAAGAUUUGGAAUUAGAGAAAGAUGAUGAGAAUCCGAAGGAAAUACUUGGUAAGAGGCAUCGUGAUGAUGAAUAUGAUUGCAACAUGGAACCCAAUAGGUGCCCUCAACAAAAGAGGCCGCAUAUAUAUUCUUCAACCAUGGGCACAAUAACGGAAGUAGAGAAUGACUUAAACUUGGAUUUAGAGCUUAAACUUGGAUUGGUCUGACGUAAAAAGGGAUAUGAUUCAAUUCCAGCAGAGUUUCUUGACCCAAAAGCCAAAAGGCCUGAUGGGACGAAAAAGAGGAUGUGGAAUAAGGAAAACCUCCACGGUACCUAACCCAGCAUAUAAAGGACCAUGGAAGCACAAGGACCGUAUCAUUCUUGGAGCAGAUACAAGAACCAUUGAAGGACCCCUAAUCACUGAAAAGAACUGUGAAAAGAUUCAUCAUAUGGCACCAAACAUAUAUUGUUGUGGAGUAGGAACUACUGCCGAUACAGAGGCAAUAACAGGUCAGUUCACAACUGGACGUUAUGAAGAAUCACCAUCAUGAAGAAUCACCUUUUCAAGUGAAGUUUCAUUUGUUGCAAACCAAGAAAUGAAGGUUGCAUUUGAGUUGAUGUUACUGGACGUCAUCUGCAUACUGAGAAAGAAUAAUCAGAUGUAUCAAGUCAUGUCAGAAGUUUUGUAGAAACAAUAUUGUGGUUGCUUUCCUUUUAUGUAUAUAUAUAUAUUAUAAAUUUGUCGGGUUUGGUUUAUGAUUGUUUAUAAUGCGUUUGAACUAAAAUGACAUUUUAGUAGAACAUUUAUUUUUACCAUUUGCACAGAAAUGAUAUGACCAAGACAAUGGUGUCCAACAUAUCUUA